GCUCCUUCUCACUAACCCCAAGAGCCAGAAUAAAAUCAUCGCUCGGAGAAGCUGACGGGGACGACUGGUGCAAGGCUUGCCUGGGAACGCCUGCUGCGCCCGCGGAGCUGCCGCCGUGACCGUUUGCGCGGGGGGAACACGGGGACGUGGGGCACUAUGUGCGCUAGCAGCCGGCCGGACCUCUCGGUAAAGCUGCCCGGGACUGGCAGGAGUUCUGCGCGCUCCCGGCUCCGCGCGGUGCGGAGAGGUGCGGAAUGGCGGGCACAGCUCGCGUCGCCCCCCCGGGAGCGAGCGGGGUGGUCCCCGCUAUGAAGCGAAGCACGAAGCGCCGGGGGUCCUGGGGGCCGAGGCUCGGGCCCCGUGAACGGCGCCGCGGCCGUCGGAUGGGCGGGUUUGGCCCGGGCAGCCCCACCGGCACCUCUCUCGGGGAUGUCCCCGCUGCAGCCGGCGGCGGGGUAGCCCCCGCACCGCUGCCCCGAAAAAUCCACCCGGCCGGCGGCUUCCGCGUGGAAAAUCACGCCCGUGGGAGCACUCCGAGCUUCGCUGACAUGCACGGCAAAACCAGCGAUGCCGGCAACGGGGAGCGGGGGGGUGGACGGGACGAGAACGGAGACGGCGGCAGCACCGAGGGUAUUUCAGGACGCGAAAAGCGGCAGGGCUGCCGCCGCCGCUCCCCGCCCGUUCCACCUUAAGAGCUCCUGCCCCUUUAAGGGGCGGUGACGCCGCCGAGGCGCUGCCGCGCCGCCAGCGCCCUGCAGGGGGCGCUGCCGGCCCGCGUUUGGCGCCGCCAGCGGCGGGCGGGGGCCGCGGCCUCGGCUGCGGCGGGGCGGCCCCUCAGCCGGCGGCCUCGCCUCGCCCGGCACCCGCCGCCGCGGCCGAGCGGGCGCCCCCCGCGCCGCUGCCUUUGUUCCCUCGGCGGGCGGGG